GGCGUUCUUCAGUCGUGCCGCGUGCGCAACGGUAGUGACGCGUUUUACCCGGAGCAUGGCGGAUACCGGCUUGCGCCGCGUGGUUCCCAGCGACCUUUAUCCCCUUGUGCUCAGAUUUCUGCGGGAUAACCAACUCUCGGAGGUGGCCAGUAAAUUUGCAAAAGCAACCGGCACUACGCAGCAGGAUGCCAAUGCCUCCUCCCUCUUGGACAUCUAUAGCUUCUGGCUCAACAGGUCCACCAAAGCCCCAAAGGUGAAAUUACAGUCAAAUGGACCAGUGACCAAGAAGGCUAAGAAAGAGACUUCAUCCAGUGACAGCAGUGAGGACAGCAGUGAGGACGAGGACCAAGCCCAAGGACUUCCCACACAGAAGGCUGCCGCACCUGUCAAGCGAACCAAUUUGCCCCAGCAUGCUGGGAAGGCAGCAGCCAAAGCUUCAGAGACCAGCAGUAGUGAAGACUCCAGUGAUGAAGAGGAGGAAGAGGACAAAAAGAAAAAGCCUGCCCAGCAGAAAGCAGUUAAGCCCCAAGCCAAGGCAGUCAGACCUCCUCCUCCAAAGAAGGCAGAGAGCUCUGAGUCUGAGUCUGACUCAAGCUCAGCGGAAGAAGCACCACAGACCCAGAAGCCAAAGACAGCUGUGGCAGCUAAAGCUCAGACUAAAGCCCCUGCCAAACCAGGCACACCAGCGAAAGCACAGCAUAAAGUAGCCAAUGGCAAAGCAGCCAGCAGCAGCAGCAGCAGCAGCAGCAGCAGCAGCAGCAGCGAUGACUCAGAGGAAGAGAAGAAGGCAGCUGCACCUCCCACGAAGACUGUACCAAAAAAGCAAGUCGUGGCCAAGGCACCAGUGAAAGUAGCUGCCACCCCUGCCCAAAAGAGUUCUAGCAGUGAAGAUUCUUCCAGUGAAGAGGAAGAGGAACAGAAAAAACCCAUAAAGAAAAAAGCAGGUCCCUACAGUUCAGUUCCACCACCCUCUGUUUCUUUACCAAAGAAGUCCCCGGAAGCCAAGGCUCCAAAGAAAGCUGCUGUGCAGACACAGCCUGCAGACAGCAGCGACGACAGCAGUGACGAGUCUGAUUCGAGUUCUGAGGAAGAGAAAAAAACUCCAGCUAAGACAGUCAUCUCCAAGACACCUGCCAAACCAGCUCCAGUGAAGAAGAAAGCAGAAAGCUCUUCGGACAGCUCGGAUUCUGACAGUUCUGAGGAUGAAGCUCCUGCCAAGCCAGUCAGUACCACCAAGAGUACCUUAAGCAAGCCAGCUGUCACUCCCAAGCCACCUGCAGCAAAGGCAGUGACAGCUCCUAAGCAACCUGCAAGUGGUGGCCAGAAACCGAAGAGCGGGAAGGCUGACAGCAGCUCCAGCGAGGAAAGCAGCUCCAGUGAGGAGGAGGAGGAGGAGGCCACCAAGAAAAGUGCGACAACCCCCAAGGCCAAGGUGACUGCUAAAGCAGUACCCGCCAAACAGGCUCCUCAGGCUGCUGGGGACAGCAGCUCUGACUCAGAUAGUUCCAGCAGUGAAGAGGAGGAGAAAACUCCUAAGCCCCCAGCUAAGAAGAAGGCAACAGGUGGAACCGUUCCCAAACCAGCCCCUGGGAAGAAAGCAGCGGCCGAGAGCAGCAGCAGCAGCUCUGAAGAUUCCAGUGAAGAAGAGAAAAAGAAGCACAAAGCUACCCCUAAAUUACAGGCAAGCAAGGCCAAUGGCACUCCAGCUUCUCUGAAUGGAAAAGCAGCCAAGGAAAGUGAGGAGGAAGAAACAGAAGAGAAGAAAAAGGCAGCUGGGAACAAGCCAGGUUCAGGCAAGAAACGGAAGCAGAGUGAGACCACAGAUGAAGCAACAACUCCUCAAGCUAAGAAAGUUAAGCUCCAGACCCCCAAUACGUUUCCUAAAAGGAAGAAGGGAGAAAGAAGGGCAUCUUCCCCUUUCCGCAGGGUAAGGGAGGAGGAGAUUGAGGUGGACUCUCGAGUAGCAGACAAUUCCUUUGAUGCCAAGCGAGGUGCAGCUGGAGACUGGGGGGAGCGAGCCAAUCAGGUUCUGAAGUUCACCAAAGGCAAGUCCUUCCGGCAUGAAAAAACGAAGAAGAAGCGAGGCAGCUACCGGGGAGGCUCCAUCUCUGUCCAGGUCAAUUCUGUUAAAUUCGACAGCGAGUGACCUGUGGCAAAGGAAGGGUGAUGUUGGGAGAUUGGCACUCAACUCCAAUGGACCCAGAAACUCCGUGUUAGGAGAGAAUUGUGGCAAGGACAGUGUGGAGCAGCUCCUGAGGCGUUCCAGCCUGCAGUCCUCUCAUGCUCCUUUUUGAGUACUGAUUAUCAAGGACAAAAAGGAUUUUUUUUUAAAGAUACUCAUUCAUUUGUCAGUUGCCUUCCUGUUCUGUGGGUCUUCAUACUGAGAGAUUUGUAUAUUUUAUAUUAAAUCAUGUCAUACAGAUUUUUGUUGUGAUUUUCAGAGAUGACUUCCACAGAUUAAAAGUCUUAGCUGUUGCCUAAGGCAAAGCAAAACUUCACGUGGUAAUAAUUUUCCCUACUGGAGGAAUCUGUUUAUGUGAGUGCCACAUUUGAUCCCUCAGAGCCCUGGUGGGCAACGACAUAAGUCUUGUGAUGAUUAUCUGCUAAGCGUUGCCCUGUGCUCAUCUUCAUCCACUGGGCCCAGCACCGAAGCUUCCAGAAGCCAGCAUGGAUCUACCAACAGCUGUCUUUGUUUUGUUCUUGGUAGCUAUUACUGCUACAUGUUUACAGUACUUUUAGUUUUAAUUUUGAAAUAAGCUUUUCUGACAGAGACAUUUGCAACAACUUGAAUUGUAUAUUAAUAAGUUCAUGGAUGUAUUUGAUUCUUUUUAAUAUCAUUAACAGGAUGGUAAGUACCUGCAUGGUUGAGUCACUAGUCAAAGAAAUGGAGAUGACUUAUUAACCCUAGUGUGAAGUAGGUACACUGGAUCUAUCCUAGGCACCUGGAGCAGCAGGAGACGACGGCACAGUGAGGGGGGUGUGUGGCUCCGAGCAGGACCAUUUUGUCCUGAAGUUGGUACACAGGAGUAAUGAUGUCCUGUUCAAGUUGGUCCCUUAACUAUGAUAUUACUGAUACAGAGUAGCCAGGAGGCACAGCUGGGCNAUGGUGUGCUUGCUUAGUGUUCAUAGACCAAGUGUGAUCUCCAUCACGGCAGGAAGUGAGUGAGCAGGGAGACACCUGGGCCAAGGGAGGAGAUGAUAAAGUUGUAGGAUGUGACCAUUGGCAGAGUGAGGGAAGGGGAGGUGGGAAGAGCACCUGGCUGGCCUGGUGAGAAAGGGAUACCAGGUUUCAUGUAUGAAUAAUGAGGGCACCAUGCAUUGCCUCCCUUGUUUGGUUUCCACGGUCACCUGGUAACCUUUUAAAAGCUGGCUGGCUGUGGCAGCUCCUUGAGGAAGGCUGCCUGGUCAAAGUUCUGUCUUACUACAAAACAAUAAAGUGAA